AUGGAUAUCAUUGAAACAUCAGAUACAGAGCGAGAGGAAAAUCAUGAUGACCUUGACCAAUGUGGGGGUACACCAAACACAGAAGAGCUGUGCCGCGUCGCUCUAUCAGUGAAAAGUCUGCCAUUAGCAUGUUCACUUGGGAGAGCCCUCCGUGUUAAUGAUGACCUCAUUGUUGGAUUCAUCGAUCUACCCAGUUCGUCAUUACUCUAUAAGAUCGCACGACAGCUCGUAGACAGUUGGUGGAAUGGUUUGAAAAAGGAAGAAAAAGAACAUAAGCUUGCUAAGCUUCUCUCGGAGUUUAACAUCCAAGAUGUCAAAACAGUGUCCACAGGCCUUGACGAAAUUUCAAAAGCCAUUGGAUCCAAGACAAACCUACUAGACUUGUGUCAUCGCCUGAGUGUGAAACCUUCUGACAUCUUGCAGAUCAUGAGCACAUCUUUGACCUUCCCGCCUCACAUGAUUGGCCGUAGUGCUUUGAAGAUGCUUAAAGAGUGGGUACAUCAAGGUGGGACUAGGGAGAGGCUUCUGAAAGUUGCUCAGGCUUUUCGCUUCAACGACGCAGCAAUCAAGAUAGCAGAAGGCAUGAAAUGCCAACCAAGCUAUAUGCCUUUCAUCUCGCAUGGCAUCAUCGAUCACAAGGGUGGAGAACUGACCCUCGAUGAACUUGGUAUUGCCGUAUCUAUCCCUGAAGGAGCUAUACCAAAAGGGAUGAGAUCAGUCGUGACUCUUCGCGUUCCAACCCAUGAUACUCCUAGGAUUCCUGUUCGGAAGGGUGAGGUAGUCAUCACUCCAGUCAUAGAAGGUUCUCUGACACAACAACUGCUCAAGCCUGCAACAGUGGUACUACCACACUGUAUCAUUCGCCAUGAACGUAAAGACGACCCUUCUGUUAUAUUGUACACAAAAACAGAACCAGGAAAAUUCGGUCGUAUGAAGCUGACACCGCCCGCGUCACACAUUUUGAAAGAUGAGAUCAAGUUUCAUACACGUCAUCUUCAAGUCUGGGCUCUGUCAUCGACCGAUCUUCAAGGACUCCAGUUGAGAUGUGCAGUCUUCCAGCCUGUCUCCAUGAGCCCUGCAGAGAAAUCAACUCUACGUGUGUACAUACUUCACCCAUACAGGAACUACAUAGAGGUACCCAUCAAAAGUAUACUAAGUGGAAAGUGCAGCCCUCUGAACUUCGAGCUUCAGUUCUCUCCUGAAGAGAAAGGAAAGAAGAACGUCCAUAUCGACAUACUGCAAGGAUCAGCAACACGUGCAGAAAAAGAAUAUAGCAUUUCAAUAGAAGAUGAACCGGAUUAUGCUGUCGAUCACACCGAUUCGCAAGGUCGGUUGCAGUAUGUAUCCAACCAUCUUCUCGAGAUCCUGACAGAUGUGAUCUUGAUCACUUCACUAAAGGACUUAAAGUUCCUUGGCUACCAGCUUGGCUUCUCUUAUUCAGUUGUAGAGAAACACCUCAACCACCCACACUCGUCAUUUGAUAGUGCCUCAAGGUCAGGCUUUGGUGAGAUGCUCCGUGACUGGAGACGGAGGGUUCGACCUAGUGAGCAGGUAGAUGAACUUCAUCUAGCAUUACAAGAUGCUGGGUUAGGCCAUGCUGCUGAGGUCAUCCUACCUGAACCAGCAGCAUAG